AUGUCGCAUGUAGAAGCAUAUUUAAAUGAACAAAAACAAAGUGGUCCAUUGACAAACGAAUGGCUUGAACUUGAAUCAUUAUAUCAGCGACGUUUAUGGCAUGAAUUAACCCUAAAAGUAAACGAUUUUGUUCAUCGUGAUGAAUUACAGCAAGGUGAUCAGUUAUUGAAAUUAUAUGAAAAUUUUAUUUCUGAUUUUGAACAUCGUAUUAAUCAAUUACAAUUAGUGGAAAUUAUUAUACCAAUCAUACGUGUAUUCAAACAAGUUGAUGGAGCGAUUAAAUUUGUUGAAACAAUAAAAGAAAAAGUUAAAGGAAACUUAUUAGCGACUUUGUUAUGCGAUAUAACUGUGGCCAAAGCGUAUUUAAUAACAAAAAAUGUACCAGAAACAAAAAAAAUUAUUGAACAAUUACAAACAAAAUUUGAUGAAUUAGAUCAUGUGACAUCUGUUCAUUCACGUUAUUAUGACUUAGCAUCAAAUUACUAUCGUGUUACGGGAAACCAUAGUGAAUACUACAAUAAUGCAUUAAAAUAUCUAGGCUGUAUUGAUAGCAGAGCACUUCCUGUGAAAGAAAAGGCUGAACGCGCUUUCAAUCUAGGUUUAGCAGCAUUAUUAGCAGAAAACGUCUAUAAUUUCGGUGAAAUAUUACAACAUCCAGUUUUAGAAGCAUUAAAAGAAACACGUGAACAAUGGUUAAUUGAUUUAUUACAAGCAUUCAAUAUUGGAGAUGUCGAUAAAUAUGAACAAUUAAGUCCUAUUUGCGACGUACAACCCGAUUUACAAAAGGCUGAACCGACAUUAAAACGAAAAAUAAGAUUAUUAUGUUUAAUGGAUAUGGUAUUUCAUACAUCGUCGAAUCGUUGUUUAUAUUUUAAAGAUGUUGCCAAACGUACAAAAUUACCUGUUGACCAGAUUGAAUUAUUGGCUAUGCAAGCACUCUCGUUAGGUCUUGUUCGUGGUUCAAUUGAUCAGGUGGAUGAAAAAUUAAAUAUGCACUGGGUUAAACCAAGAGUUCUUGAUUUAGCACAGGUGGACACAUUGAAAAAACGUUUGGAUAAUUGGACAAUGAACGUAAAAACUAUGAGUUAUUUAGUUGAACAAAAAGCCGGUGAUAUUUUAUCCUAA